CACAUUAGGAUAUUAGGAAGCGGUGGAUCUGAUUUAAAGCCAGCUUUGUUUCGGAGUCCCUACCCUCGCUGAGCCCUGGGAGAAACCACUUCCUCUCCGGAGCAACACGUAAACGGUCCGUGCAUGCCUCCUGCAGUGGGGACCGUCCCAACUCGAGAAAUCUUUUAAUUCAAGGUUUACUGUGAUCUUCAGUAAUCCCUUCCAGCCCCACGCCCCACACAAAGAUGGCAGAUCCGCCGUCACUCGGGGCUAGGAACCGGAUCCGAUGCCAGGGUUCCGUGGCAGCACGCCCCGCUCGCUAGUGCUGACGCGGAUUGGCGUCCCGCGCUUGCGCGGAGGGAAGGCCCUGGAGCGCGGCGCCUGCGCACUGCGCGUCUGCGAGGCACCGUCCAGACAGUUGUGCGAGCGCAGCUCGGAGAGACCUGCGCUGCUUUGAGUGGCGGCCGGCCCGCGGCACUGAGAGGGGUCCUCAGCCUUCCGGGCGACGGCGGCACCGGGGUCGGCAGCAGUGGGAGGCGGGGCGCGGCAUGUCGUGGGCUCCGCGGGACCGGCAGUGAACGCGCGUGCGGGAUGGGCCGGCGCCGGGGUGUGGAGCUCUACCGGGCCCCGUUCCCGUUGUACGCGCUCCGGGUGGACCCCAAGACCGGGCUGCUCAUCGCUGCGGGCGGAGGGGGCGCCGCCAAGACCGGCAUCAAGAAUGGCGUGCACUUUCUGCAGCUAGAGCAAAUCAACGGGUGCCUGAGCGCCUCCUUGCUGCACUGUCAUGACACAGAGACCCGGGCCACUAUGAACCUGGCACUGGCUGGUGACAUCCUUGCUGCUGGACAGGAUGCCCGAUGUCAGCUUCUGCGUUUCCAGGUCCACCAACAGAAGAGCCAUAAAGCCGAGAAGUCAGGUUCCAAGGAGCAGGGACCUCGACAGAGGAAGGGCGCACCUCCAGCAGAGAAGAAGCCAGGAGCAGAAGCCCCCCGUGAGGGGGUUGAACUCAAAGUCAAGAAUCUGGAGGCAGUACAGACAGACUUCAGCACUGAACCCCUGCAGAAAGUUGUGCGCUUCAACCACGACAAUACCCUGCUGGCCACGGGAGGGACCGAUGGCCAUGUCCGUGUCUGGAAGGUACCUAGCCUGGAGAAAGUUCUGGAUUUCAAAGCACAUGAAGGGGAGAUUGGAGAUUUGGCAUUGGGUCCUGAUGGCAAGUUGGUCACUGUGGGCUGGGACUUGAAGGCCUCCGUGUGGCAGAAAGGGCAACUAGUGACGCAGCUACACUGGCAAGAGAAUGGACCCACCUCUUCCAGCACACCGUACCGCUACCAGGCCUGCAGAUUUGGGCAGGUUCCAGAUCAGCCUGGUGGUCUGCGACUCUUCACAGUGCAGAUCCCCCACAAGCGCCUGCGUCAGCCCCCACCCUGCUACCUCACAGCCUGGGACAGUUCCUCCUACUUGCCGCUUCGGACCAGGUCCUGUGGCCAUGAAGUCAUCUCCUGCCUCAGCGUCAGUGAAUCAGGUACCUUCCUGGGCCUAGGCACAGUCACUGGCUCUGUCGCCAUCUACAUAGCUUUCUCUCUCCAGCGCCUCUAUUAUGUGAAGGAGGCCCACGGCAUUGUGGUGACAGAUGUGGCCUUUCUACCGGAGAAGGGCUGUGGUCCAGAGCUUCUUGGGCCCCACGAAACUGCUCUUUUCUCUGUGGCUGUGGAUAGCCGUUGUCAGCUGCAUCUGCUGCCCUCACGGCGGAGUGUUCCUGUAUGGCUCCUGCUCCUGAUGUGUGUCGGCCUUAUCAUUGUGACCAUCCUGAUGCUCCAGAGUGCCUUUCCAGGUUUUCUUUAGUCUCGCUGACCACUGGGAAUCAGGCUUGGACACUGCCACCUCCCAGAGCAGAAUCACCGAGGUCCACCGCUGAGGCUGCCUCCGACUAGACUGAUGGGGACUGCCUGUCCCUCAGCUAAAGCUUGCCUGUGGCCCCGUAUCACUCUGGGUCUUGGGAACUCUGCACUCAUCACCUGUGGAUCCAUUUAGCACGGUGUGGUCUGAAGCCCAGGGCACACUACCUGCCUCGUUCCCUCUGCCUCCCAGGGAGGGCUCCAGAGUCAAGCUCUUCCUUCUCUAGAAAUAUGUGAAGGAUGCCCAGGAGCCUGGAGGCGUGGCGAUCCUUCUUACAGAAACCCGUCUCUCCUCGUCCCCUUAACAGCCAUUACACGAGGUCCUGGGCUUUGGUUGAGACACAGUCUGGGCUGGCACUUGCUGUUAGGGCAGGAAGAGGCAAAACAAGACUCAGGUAGCAGUGGUCUCUGGGCUCAGGUGGGUAGCACCGAGCCAGCCAGGCCACACACACACACACACACACACACACACACACACACACACACACACACACACAGUAAGCUCCUGGAUGCUCUAUUCCAGCCUGAGGAGAAGGGAAAGUAACCCUCAGCUCAGAAGGCAGGAAGAGUUGGUAUUUAAUAAACAAAGAAAGAUUGAACUGGGA